AUGCGAACUCUACACGAGUAUGUGGAUUAUCCAACCGGUGAUUCCCCUGCGUCCGCUUCUGUCAAAGAUGGUCAGAAACGAAAUUUUAGCCUGGAUGAGGACUGGGAAAGGCGUUAUGAUGACCUACUGGACGAUAUGAAUAAUUUGUACAACAAUGAAACUUACGCGGGCAAGGACUCGGGGAUGGCAUUAUUCCCUAAAGAAAGCCCCUUCUAUUAUAUGGAAUAUUACAACCAGGAUAGGCGAAAGGUCCCACCAGGUAGUUAAACACUGAUUAAUUGUUUAACAGCUUUUUCUAAUACCGAACCGUGACGUAAAUGCCAUCCAAAUGAAUAACAUGGGCGUUUUAUAAAGUUAAAAAGAGUCUCCUGGCCGCGCAGGCAGCAGUAUGUAGCCAGAUGUUCACGGUCUUCACACAUUAAGCCAUCUUGAUAAAAUACAACCCAAUAACUCAUGAAUGUUAUGCUUUAUAUGGGUAAGAUGUGUCCUUUAUCGAUUUUGUCUAAAUUGUGUUUCAAUUAUCACUUGAACUAUUUUUAAAAGGUGAAAUGCAAGUGCUUAGAUCCCCAAACGCUCAUUGUUGAGGCAUAUCUGCUGGCCGCGCGUGGAUUGCGAAGGAACUAUUCCGACGACCUGUUUUUUAUAAAAUAUCUUGCGACCUAUUCUAAGCUAGGGUAGGUGGGCUAACUCAUGAAAUGCCAACCGAAAUUCCCAAUUGCGUUUUCGUUUCAAAAAGAUUAGUUAAGAAGUUUGACAAAACUAGUCAGUCUGUAACAUAAUUCUAUAAUUUUUCAGUUACCUUAGGAUGCUUGCCUUUGAAAUAACUCCCUUCCGGCUACAUUCAAAAACUAUACUCUGUAAAAAACGACUACUUAAGUAGCAUGAAUAUAUCUCAUUAAUUUUAAAUGCCCUUAAAAUUUUAAUUAUAUUUCAUUGAAAACAUGCGUAAAAAUAUUCAUUCCUUUGUUCACUGGGCAGAACAAUUACGUCUUUUUCCAAUCUUUUCCCCGAAGGAAGCUCAAAAUUCGGCUUCGAAAAACCUUUUCAGUUCCCCAAUAAUUUUGAACCCGCUCUACCGUUACCCUUGCAUUUAGGGUUUUUAAACCACGAGCCACAUAAUUUCCGCAUAGGAAAAACCACACAUUUCUAAACGGUAAUAAAGGAGAACCAUAUAGGGUUCGUAAAAUUUAUCAGUGGAUUUGAUCCAUAUUGCAAACUUUACAAGCCACAUUGUAAAUGCAAAAACAUGACGACUUAUGAACGGUCAUUUUACGGUAUUUAAAAUUCCCAGUUAAAAACUUUUUUAAAACCGAAUUAUGUCCCUUUUUCGAGCAUAAAAUUAAAAAACACGUAUGUUUCUACCAAACUUGCGAAAAAAUGAAUAUUUUCUGCACGUUUUCCAUAAAAUAUGAUUGGCCUUGUAUGGAUAUCUAAAAUUAAUGGGAAAACGUCAUGCUACCUAAGCAGUCAUUUUGUACAGAUUAGAGUUUUUGUAUGCAGCAAAGAGGAAGUUUUUUCGAAAGGAAGCAUCCUGCGGUAACUAAAACAUUAUAGAACAAUGUUACAGACUGACUAGUUUUACAACCAUACUUAAUUAUUCUUUUCGAAACGAAAACGCAUUUCAGAAUUUCGGUUGACAUUUCAUAAGUUAGCCCACCUACUGUACAUAUAAACUUCAUUCAAAUCUUAAAGUAACUGAACACCAGAAUAAUGGUGGAAUUCAGAAUAACAAUACCGCAAUGGACAUUCUUGCGCUUCUUUUAACUGCUUCAGUGUUUGCACUUUUCUGGUCACGCGUAACGGUAGAUAGUUCUGCUGCACAGGCUUUGUUAUUUCGGUAGUUUAUUUCUGUUUUAUAUUAGAGUUACAUUAAUACCGAGAAAUGUCUGCUAAGUGUCCUAUCCAGUAGAGGCAAGACUAAGCCGUGGAUAUUCAUAUAUCUUAGGAAGCGGGUGUAAAUGUUGCAACGAUCUCACCUGCGUGUGCCAAAAUCCUCGCAACCUUGUUUCGUGAUGCGAAUAAUAUUUUCAAUGGUUAUUUCAUAACAAAACUUGACAGGCAAAGUCUUACCGUACAAGCUUCCGUUAAGAGCAUGUGCACGCCCUCCGUUUAUUCAUUAUGACCAACUGAAGUGACUGGUAUAUAGGCGUGGUGCAUGCCGGUCCUUAUUAUGCGGCUGUAAGUGAAGUAAUGAUUACUGAAUGCAAUAGGAAAUUUUGGCCAGAGUAGCUUUAAGUUAAAAAGUUUAAUUUUUCUGUCGCAAAAUGGAUUUGCUCACUCUGUAUUUAUAAAUACUUGUUAAAUACGCAAUUGCUCUGUCAAUAAACAGUGCAAUCACCUGAUUAAAUUCAGGUUUAAAUAUAUACUUACCUGAUGUUUGUAUGCGUGUGACUCAUCGACAUACGUAGCAUUGUCAUAAUAGAUUGCUGCCAUCCCUCCUUCAUAAAAUUAUGUAAGAUGAAAUUGUUGACAAUAAAUAAAAAUGUAAAAAUUCUCCGGUGUGUUAAAAGUACUAUUUAGUAUGCAUGCGUUUGCUACUGACUGUCACCCCCUUCUACGUCUCUUUUUAACUAAAAUAAAUAUCAUUAUCUGAUUAAAAUAAUAAUGACUGACUCUAAUUAUCCGCCUAAAUGUCCUACCUGCUUAUUGUCUAAGAGGAUAAAAAUUGUUCGGUUUCUCUACCAACCUCCAUGCUUUUCUUUACCUUGUAAGCAUAAAUACUCACUGGCCUCAUGAGAAGUUACCAAAAGCAGACGCAUUUUCUUCAGAUACUUCUCUUAAAUAUUUCUUCAGCAAAAUGGUUAACUUUCAAAAUCUACUUUUGCUGUCGACAGGUCUUUAAGUAUAUUCAUUUGUUUGUUUGCGACGAUCAGUUUACAAUGUUCUUACACAGACUGUGUUUAAUUAGUUUACUGAAACAGAUAGCAAACAUUCCAAGAGAUGUCAUUAUUUAUAUGCGUACUACAUUUUGUUGGCCAAGCAAACUUAAAUAUAGUGGGCGAUCUGUCAUUAAAACAUAACUGACCCAUAGUAGUGGCCUUCAUUGAACUUAAUUUACGAUCAGUUUGGUUGUUGUCUUAGAAAGAUAGACAGACAGAAUGACGACGCGAGGGGUUAGACGGUUUAUGGUUGAAUCAUUACGUGAAAAUAAGAGUGUACAUAAUAGGCCGGAUAAAAAUUUAUCGAAAGCAUGCGUAUGCUCGCCAAAUGCCUUAGUCCAUUACCAUUUUGUCAAAAAACGGAUAGAAUUGCCUCUACGCGAACACGUGUACAUUAUAUCCGGAGGUACUUUUAUUCACAUAUAUAUCCCGUGAAUACAAAAAUUGUGUGUUAGAAAGAAAAUUUGUCUAGGCAUGAAAAGUGAUGUAUGCAGGUCCAUAAGUGUGAACUCUGUCCCUUUCAAUAUCUACAUACCGACCAAAAUGCUAUGACGCAGGAAUCUCAUAAAUGCCUAAACUAAGUCAAUGCACGAUGUGAGAUAAUACGUCUAAGUGCGACUAUGCUCAAAGUUUUGGCGUAGGAAAUACCGUAGAAGUGCUUUAGUGGCGCAUAUUAUUCCAGUGAUCAGUUCUGUUUGAGCUACUUUUCAAAAUGUCCGAAGGUUAAAUAAAUGCAGAAAUCUUCCAAUUGAAGAACAAUGCCCAAAACUUAAAUACAGCUAGGCACAUUCGCGAAUUGUGAGACAGUCGUAUUCUGGGAGGGAGGUAGCUGCUAAAAUGUUUUCCUUAAUUGCUUUGCAUAAUUUACAAGCCUACAAGAUUUUAAGAAGCCUAUGUCCAUAUUUCUGAAAAUGCAGAUUAGACCAACACUUAAGAUUUGUUGAAUUCGUGCGAUUUUAUCAUCUAGUACUGCUUUACUGCACAGUAUUUUCCAACGCUAAACGGCUGCCGAGACAGCGUGACUUCGCCAGUGUGGGAUAUCAAAUCGUGCAGCAGGCGGGUGUGUAGAGAGCGUCAAUUAAUGAAAAUACUCAAGCAAGCGCCUCUUGCUCCUGUGGGAGCUGCUUUUCGUAUUCAAGUGUCAUUUCGUUCAUUUCCCAGCCGGCUGACAGAAAAUACACGAGCAAGCCUUUGAAUUGUUUCUUUACUAGAAUGUAAGAAAAAAUAUUGUCCCAUCCAAUGGGUUCGUAGGAUCAUGCAGGCACCUAGCAAUUAGUACAACCUCAUACAGGCUUGUAGCCAUGGCAUGAAGCUUACAAAUCUUUCAUAAACAUACCCACUCCAGAUAGCAGCAGAGUUCCCUUUCCUACUACGUUCUUUCAUGCAUCAUUAGCCCCCAAAUUAAGGCGCUCGUCGGUAUUCAAAAGAAACAUUUCCGGUUACAUUUUUCAUGCACACUACUCUGUAAUUUUCGCCUUGCCGCCGGUCACUAGAAAAAUGUUCAAAUAAGAUUCAUCAGGUAAAUUUAAAAAAAAUCAAUCAAACAGGAUUCAUCUUUGUCGUAUUAAAAACUCAAAAUGCGUAUGACUUAAACAACUUCAUUUUUCCCUCAGUGGCAUAAAGCGACGCUGGAAUGAAAAACUGCAAAUAAUAACUGCCUAAAAAUCCUUCAAUGUAGUCAUUUACUUUUGGACUAUUUUAAAGAAAACUGCUCCUCGUAUUUAAGAAGGCUAAAACAUUUUCAGAAGGUAAACCGUCAUUGAGAAAGUUUUAUUUUCCCAACAGAACAGAAACUGUCAAGCAGAGAACCCACUCGACAUGAAGUUGCAAGCGCGACACUAUAUUGCAGCCUUAAAACGUAAAUGUUUUAUGCUUACGUAAGCGUUCACAUGACAGAUUUAGUAAACUAAAAUGCGGUUUUGGUUUUAGCAGUAAAAAGAGCCCUCCAUUUAAGCCUGUAAUAUACAGUAGAUUGCUAUUAUAUGAAACAUCAAUUUAAUUUCCAAAAUGCGUUUUUAAUUCAAAACGCUUACUUGAGUACAAGGUCAUGUUAAUUGUCUUAUCGCAUAAGUCCAAAAUAUACCGAAUAUAUACUACUAUUCCGGUUUUCAAACGGACACCUUGUCCACCGCUUGCAAAAGCCUUACUCCUCCAAAAAUGUCUACUGAAGUAUUAUGAACGUUUAAUACUUAUUUUUGACAUCGUUGUAAAUUCAAAUAAAUAUUACAGAAAGUGGGGACAAAAAUAUUAUUUCUAUUGCUCGUUUUGUAGCACAUCACGUCUUCUGCAAGUUUCAUGCUUGAUAAAAAAAUAUGUCAGUCCAAGAAUAGUUUUUAUCACGCGGUCUUUCAAGAUCCUGAAAUACUCACUUGUAAAGCAUCGCAUUAGCAUAGUUAUUAAUGCUGCUUAUCGAAUGGACGACGCGGUCCCCAUCCUUUGUACAUCGCAUAUCGAAAUUAAUUAGUUUGGUUACAUGGAAUGAGUGCAGCUUGCGAUCCAAAGACCCGGAAUGUAAGUGUAGCGCCAAAGUGAAUUAAAAAUUAAUCGGUUAGUAAGAACGUUUAGUCAAACUUAAAUUAUUCCCCCUUAUCAAGUCAAGAAUUUGUCGAAGACGAAAUUUGCUAACAAACAUCAAAUGAAGGAAUAUGUUAUGCAUGUUUCCUGAGAAAUAUUUUCAAAUGUUUACCGUUUUUAAAAACGUGAAAAUACAAUCCUGGCAACCCUAAGUAAGUAAAAUUUUUGAAUCAGAGCCGAAUUUCAAAAAAUAAGUCAACGUUUCUUGAGAUUGUGCAUCUACUGAAUCAUUUUCGAUUCUUCUGUCGUUCAUCGGCACCUACUGCUACCUCUGUCCUAGGUGGAGAUUUCUUUAAUGUCUAGAAAUAACGAUUUUAUAUAUAUCUCUCUUCCCUAUUUCCCGGUUUCAAAACAGAGUGGCCGCAGGUGGCCGGCACGGCAGUACUCAGGCGUGCCACCGCACCCCCUGGUCCAUAACAUAAAGUAGGUGAGCUAACUCAUGAAAUGUCAACUGAAAUUCCGAAAUGUGGUUUUGCUUCAAAAAGACUACUUAAGUAUGGUUGUAAAAAACCAUCUUGCAGCCUAAUCCAAUAAUAUUUCAGUUACUUCGGAGUGAUGGCUUUUGAACAACCCCUUUCCGGCCGCAUGCAAAAACUAUACUAGGAAAAAAUGACUUCUUAUGUGGCAUGCAUUUCUCUCAUCGAUUUUGAUGCCCCUAAAAGUCCAAUUAUAGGUUAUGGAAAACAUGCAUAAACAUGCUUAUUCUCCUACUCAUUCGGUAGAAAAUUACGUUGUCUUUCAAUUUGAUACUCGAUGGGGGGGCGUAAUUUGGUUUUUGAAAGUUUCUAAUUGUGAGACUUUUAAAAACCCUGAAAUAGCCUUUCAUAAAACGUCUUGUCUACCAGUGUGGAUUAUGAAGUUAGCAAUAUGGAUCAAAACGAAUGCUAAAUUUUAUGCACCCUAUAUAGUUCCCUAUUAAUACGGCAAAGAAAUGUGCGGUUUUGUACGUACGCGGCAAAUACAAGACGUGAAGUUUGGAAGCCCCAAAUGCUAGUGCGGUUUCAAAAUUAUUCGGGAAAUGGAAAAGUUUUUGAAGACCGAAUUUUACCCUUCGAUUAAGUAUAAAAUUAUCCGAAGACUUGGUUUUCUACCGAAUGAGCGGAAGAAAAAGCAGUAUAAUGCAUGCUUUCCAUGAAAUAUAAUUGGAAUUUUAGCGGCAUCGAAAAUCAAUUUGAAAAAUCCAUGUUACUCGACUAGUCAUUUUUACAGCGUAUGGUUUUUUGCAUGCAGCCGGAAAGAAGUUCAUUCAAAAGCCGACGUCCUGAGGCAACUGAGCUUUUAUAGAAUUUUGCUGCAGACUGAUCAGGUUUACAACCCUACUAAAUUAGUCUUUUCGAAACGAAAACGCGUUUCGGAAUUUCGAUUGACAUUUCCUGACUUAGCCCACAUAUUGUACACUCAACAAAGUUCUUCACCAACAACAACAGCGGGAAUGAUGACUGGGAAGCCAUGCCCACCACCCGUAUAAGCUGCGGGAGCGCAAGGGCACUUGCCGGCAGGGAACCAGGCGUGAGGGAACUGCCAGCGCAUAUUAGACUGCGAGGAUCAUGAAUUGCUGAUACUGGCAUAGCUCACGCAUUCCAACUUUUUGACAAAACAACACGUGGCAGAACCCGUAAUUGGAUUUAAUCAUAGAUUUUUGGGAGGACCGGUAGUGGAUAGAUUGAAAUGCAAAAGGGAUGUAGUCUGUCCAACCAUUAAACAGUCUUGCUGGCAAAACUACCCUCAAAUACUUUUCGCAAAGAGAAGGCCUUUUUGACAGAGCGCCCGCAUCCGAAGGAAUGUCAGGGAAUGCGCGCGCUUGUUCGUGACAGUCCUCGUCUAAUUCACUAAACAGUGAAUGGAAAAUCAGAGUGGCGGCAUCUAAAACUGCUGGCGUUUGCUUUUUGUACAAGUGACGAAGAUUCCCUGGGAGUGAAGAAGGAAUCCAGUCGUGUCUAUCUGCCUAUUUCUCCAGAAAAUCUUAGAAAAGGUGGUGAAAAAGCAAUGCAGCAGAAGCAUUUGUGAUCUCAAUUAAGAUGCAUUUCAGGCGUAGGAACAGUUUUCACAGUAUGCAAACAUAAAUGCUCUAAAGUCGUGUGGAAAUAUUCAUACAUAGAUGACAGAAUAUAUACAGUGUUUAAUAAUCCCGACCUCGGGCGAUCACACAAAGAGCUCGGGAAGAAGUUGAUAGGGCAUAGAAUUUAAUGCCAAUUGAUGAUCAGAGAGGGCUGAUUUACGUCGUAGGAUUUGCGCAACUACGUUUAGUGAGACUGGUUGUUGACGCGUUAUAAGUCCGUGCUGAUCGUCAUAGUCUCCCUUGCAUUUGUCUGUGAUCCUUAUAUAGGUAUGUAGUAAAAAGGUAAAAGUGCUGGAUAAGUGCGAAUUUAAUAAUGCAACCCGUCGAACGUGGUCCCCUAUUGCACACUGUCAGACUAUUUGUGUGUCAAAAUGAUUAAUUCAUCAACGGUGCCUGAUGAAGAAUUCAACGAUUAAUCAAAGUGCGUACCGAAUUGCUUCAUUUGCAUUUUAUCCCUUCGUUGGGAUCAAUUGUUUCCGCUUGAAUUCGGGCUUAAUGACUAUGCUUGUUGAAUAUAGAUCAGUAUACCGAUUGAUCCAUGUUAGUAUCUGAACUAGUUGAAAUGCAGCCAGAAACAUUAGAUAUCAUGGCAAGCCAGCCAGUAAAUACCUUAAACUCAUGGUUUGCACACCCUAAGGACAGGCUCGGCUUUUUCAACAGAAAAGGUGUUCUCUACAAAAUCUAAUGUAUAAGUUAUGAUGUCAUCUAUUGUGGCCAAAUCAGGUACUCCGUCUCAAGUCGUAUAAUUGUACAUCAGUUAGCGGCGUAAGGACUCGACCACCCAGCCCAAGUGGCUCUGAAAGCAUUAAAAAUUGGGCUCGGACCUUCGGGGGAGGACAUCCGGAUUGUUGGCAAAUGAAAAGGUUGCGAAUUCCUGGAAGCAAUGCACUCAGAUGAGGCAUGCGUCCAUUGGCAUAUCGAUCUAGAUGUAAUACAAAAUCACUAGAGACAAAUUCAAACUGGGCCGACCAUUCGCAAAGAGGUAGCAAGAUGCAACUGAAACGUAAUGGUAUAGACGUUUACCAAUUAUUGAAUGCUUUGUUAAGGAACAAUAAAGGAGUUGAUUGUUUUUGCCCAAUUGCAGUCUGACGAUAUGCAAUAGGCACCAGCCACAAAAGUUUUCAAAAUAAGUAUUGCAAUCUCCCAAAGAAAUUCAUAUUUUUUAUCGAAUAUCUUAGGAUACCGUUUUUCAAUUCAUACAAACGUAUAUAUCUAUUUUUGUUUUUGUACACUGUCAUCCUGUGUGUAAUAGCAGUUGUUCUAUGAUUUCCUCCGGGGGAUCUUGAUUGAGUCAGUAAAUAUAAGUAUGUCAGUGUGCCCCUUAACCUACUCGAUAGACUCCUUUCUACAAUAACAUAGUAUUAUGCAACAUAGCAUUAGUACUCCAUUUAUUGUGGGAUAAUUAGCUUCAUACGCAGUCGUCUCUGAUAAUGAGACGGAGUAAGGUGGGGUUUUUCCUGCAUUGACCGCAUCUUCCCUCUCUCCAAUACUUUAAAUGUCGGGCAAUUUUAGCUUGGUCAAAGGAAAGCCAAUAGAAUCCUGGAUUUAAAUAGUAUCAGACAAAAACCACCCAUCGCAGUUGUCGUUGAGCCACAAUCGCUGUUUAGAUCUUGGUGCCAGGUGUUGUCAGGCUCAGAGAAUGGCGAUGUCAGUUUUCCUUAAACGCGUCUUAAUCCACAUCAGGUCCCAUCGUCCACUGAGGUAAUUCCGCAUCUCGACAGUCGGAGUUGAGAUGCAUAAGUCGAAGACUAAACAUAGCAUCACACCGCAUGACUGACGAUACGAGAGUUCAUCCAUUUGUUACCAUUUUUAGACGAACUCUGACAGUAAUCAGUUUAGCACGUAGGCAUAAAUUGUAGAAAAGUGUUUUACGACAUUCCAAAUGCUUCCUGCAUUUAGAGGGAAUGAAAUCAAGUUCAAGCAAAACCAAUUAUUUGGGGACAGCUGGUAUUGAAAGCUAUAUUUAAAAUUUGGUAAGAAAUUCAUUAAUUAAGUGGUCGGCCAAAACUACAAUCUCUUAAACCAUUUGCAGCAAAUAGAACUCCCAGUGGUUAAUGCGAGAGGCAUGUAGUGCGAUGCCAGCUGCAGCUUAUAAAAACUACACUCUUUCCGUCCAUCGUAAGUGCCUGCGACUGACUCUCGUGGUAAAUAUGAGUGAACAUCCGUAACUCUGGACAUUAGGAACUUCGCAUCUCAUUCUUCUGACAGGGUUAAUCGGUCCAAGGUAGGGCACAUGAGUGAGCACCACCGUGCGCUGAAUUCCAGGAGGGUUAGUGUUGGGGUUUUGGUUAUAAGACUGAGUAAUGAGUUAAGGAUGGAGUCAGGACACGGAGCAUGUGUCCCUGGGAAAUAUUAUAAAGCCACGUGUAAUAUAAGUGGUUCUCUCACCCAUGUCAAUCUCGUCAAAGCUGAUACGAUGUUGCAGCAAAAGGAAACAUCUGAAGAUAAGCGUUUAUAAAUGCAAGUAUGCAUUGACGCCUGCGCAGCAGUGAAAACUCAAGUUUACGAUAAAUUUACCGAAUUACAGGUGGAAUUAAACAAACAGGAUCAAGUAAAAAGUCAUCUUUUCGCAUGAAGACAUUUUAAUUAAGUUAUAAUUGUACGAUUAAUGAGCAAUUAGACCAAGCGAAAGACUUUGCCCCAUGGGGUGAACAGGUCAGACUAUGUUGUCCGAUGGGAUUGAAGUCGACACAUAAAGACUUCAAAUGUAUUUGGAAGUAGAACGUAGCCACCAAAAACAGCGGGGGUAUCUAUCCAGCCUACUACGUAGUAAAACAAAAGCUUACCUCCGGCAUACCACUCACUAUUGACAAGAGGAAGAAUGCCCGGAGCGCGGUCGCCUUUUGGUAUUUGUCGGUUCUGACAAAAGCAACAGGAGGUCGACGGCGCGUUGUUACGUUAAAAUAUACCAAAGUCUUUAUCGCUGAUCAACUGUAGACGAAGUUUUUGCGUUUUAGGGUGAUCUUUUGGCCAUAAAGGGGGCCCCUGUGUUGCGACUGCAUUCUAAUCAUAAAUCACCUCUGCGCUAUGUAGUUGAUAAAAAAAUGAACAUGCAUUGGUAGGAAAGGGACGGGACAUUGGUAGAAAUUUAGCCAUCUGACGUUUAAUGUAGAGUACAAGCCAUUUUGUCGUAUUUUAGUGCUGUGCACGUUACCUAUAUACAUGAUUUGGAGAUGGAUCCAUGUGGUCGUAUAUGCAAUUUAUUUGGUGCAAUUAGUACACACGUACAGUAGAUGUGCUAACUCAUGAAAUGUCAACCACAAUUUCGAAAUGCAUUCUCGUUUCGAAAAGAUAAAUUAAGUAGUGUUGUAAGACUAAUCAGGAUGCAGCAUAAAUCUAUAAUGAUGCAGUUACCUCAGGGUGUUGGCUUUCGAAGGAGCUUAUUUUCGGUUGCAUGCAAGAUCUAUUGUCUGCAAAAAUGACUACUUACCUAGUAUGUAAUUUUCUCAUUGAUUUUCGAUGCCCAUGAAUAUUCAAUGAUAUUUCAUGUAAAACAUGAAUAAAUAUAUUCAUUCUUUUACAUAUUCGGUAGAAAACAACGUCUUCUUCCAAUUUAAUACUCAACAAGUGUAUAAUUCUGUUUUAAGAAAGUUUUUAAUUGUGAGAUUUUUUAAUACCGUUAAAUAGCCGUUCAUAAAACGUCAUGCAUCUGCAUUUACGAAUGUGACUUAUAAAGUUCACAAUAUUGCUCAAAUCCACUGCUUAAUUUUAUGAACCUCAUAUGGUCUCCUCUUAACACUGUAGAUAAAUGCAUGGUUUUCCGUAAACGGAAAAUAUACAGCUUGUAGUUAUGAAACCCUGAAUGCAAGUGUAACAGCAGGUCGGGUUCAUAAUUAUUCGGGAAUUAGAAAAGUUUUUUAAACCGAAUUAUUCGCUUCUUUUGAGUACGAAAUUGGAAGAUGACGUGGUUUUCUACCGACUAAGUAAAAGACUGAAUAUUUCUAUGCAUGCUUUCCAUGAAAUAUAAUUGAAUUUUCAAGGUCAUCGAAAAUCCAUGAGAAAAGUGCAUACUAAGUAAGUAGUCAUUUUUGCAAAUUAUAGAUCUUGCAUGCAGCCGAAAAUAAAUUCUUUUGAAUGCCGACACCCUGAGGUAACUGGGUAAUUAUAGAUUAAUGCUGCAUCAUGAUUAUUUUCACAACACUACUUAAUUUAUCUUUUCGAAACAAGAACGCAUUUCGAAAUUUUGGUUUACAUUUCAUGAGUUAGCCGAUCUACUGUACAUCAUAGAGGAUGCUGUGAAAUUCACUCAAGUCAUGACAAUUUACAAUCCCAGUUUGCAAAAGACAGAGAAUAUUCAAAGGGCGAAUGUUGUCAUAGUUAGAAAAAAUAACACUGAAAACGCACUAUCGACGAGAGUACUUGUAAAGAGCAAGAUUUCGCAUUGUUUUCGACGACUUUUCCGACGCUUUGCGACUUCUAUGCGCAAACCUGCACAAACGAGUAAGGGCGUGACCACCGUCUAAUGGCCUGCCACUAAGAGAGCAGUCAAACGUGAAAUCCGCGGACUACAUGAUGUAUCUGAGUAUUUACUGCCCGUAGUCUCCGCUUUAAAAGUUCAUCCUAGAAAUGGCGCGCCCUGGCGGUCGGUCUGAAACACACACAACACCGUGCAUUUUUAAAUAGUUCGUAGCGUUAAAAGCUAGCCCGUGCGUAUGCACGUAAAAAAGUCAUAUAACUGGAUAGCAUCAACGUGAGCUUAAUGUUGUACGUUGUCCUGAAGGAGAAGGCAGACUAGACUCGUCCACCUUACUGUGAAAACAUAAAGCUAAUGCUGACCUUAUAUUACGAGUUGUAAGAUUUAGUCUAUUCAGUUAAAGCAAAUCAUAACACCACACUGAUUGUGUAAGUUUGUGAAAGGACACAAAAACGUCUGCGGCAUCACCUGAAAUAUCAAUUCAUAAAGCAUAAUGCUGUUGGAAAAGUACGUAUCGCCGUCCACAUCUAAUGCGAACUUUUGUUAGUUUUUAUAAGACAUAAUGUAUUAGUAUCGUUUCAUGCAGCAUAUGCAGUUUGUAAAUCUUAAAACCUAAAUGCAGUACAGCAGCAAGUCAGGUUCAAAUCAUUGGGCAAUUUUUCAGAUUCAACGGCAUCCGUACGGAUUUUUUUAAAAAUCAGAGGGUAUGACUCCUUUCAGUGAUAUAUUUAAGAGUGGCGUAGUUUUCUAUUAGAUGAGUGCCGAAAAGGCUAUUUUGUGCACAUAUUCUAUAAAAAUACUUUCAUUUAUAAGAGCAAGGAAAGUCGAUAAGAAAAACCUAUACUUCAUACAGUAGAUGGGCUAACACGUGAAAUGUAAACUUAAAUUCGGAAAUGCUUCUUCGUUUUGAAAAGGUAAAUUGAGCAGGAUUGUAAAACUAAUCAUCUUGCAGCACAAUUCUAUAAUAAUUUAGUAAUCGCGGGAUGCUGGCUUUCGAACGUUUUUUUGACUGCACACAAUACCUAUUCUGGCAAAAAAGACUACUUAGGUAGGAUGCAUUUUUUUAAUCAAUUUUCGAUGCCCCUUGAAAUUCAGUUAUAUUUCAUAGAGUUACUGCAUAACGAUAUUCAUGCUUUUACUCAUUCGGUGAAAAAGGACGCCUUCUUCUAAUUUCAAUCUCGAAGGAAGUGUAUGAUUCGGUUUUCAAGAAAUGUUUUAAUUUCCGAAAAAUUUUGGACCUAACCAGCUAGGGUUUCAAAACUACCAGCCAUAUAUUUUCCGCGUACGGAAAAAUCUACACUUAUCUACGGUAUUAGGAGGCGACCAUAUGGAGUUCAUGAAAGUUACCAGUGGGUUUAUCCAUAUUGCUAUUUUAACAAGCCCCAUUAGCCGAUGCAGAGACAUGACUUUUUAAGAGCAGCUUUUUCAUGGUAGUAAAAAAAGUGCACAAUCAGAAGCCUUUUUAAAUCAAAUUAUGCCCUUUGAUCAAGUACAAAAUUGGACGAAGGUGCCAUUUUCAUCAAACGAGCAAAAGACUGAAUAUUUUUAUGCAUGAUUUCCAUGAAAUAUAAUUGAAUUUUUAGAAAAUAAGAGGUCAGUGAUAAAAAAUCAUGCGGUUUAAGUAGUGAUUUUUUGCGGCGUCAAUUUUGUAUGCAGCCGAAAUAACAUUCGUUUAAAUUCCGGCAUUCUGAAGGUAAUUAAUGAUCAUAAAAUUAUGCCGCAAGAUGAUUGGUCUUAUAAUUAUUCCUAAAUUAUCUUUUCGAAACAAAAACGCACUUUGGAAUUUCAUUUGACAUUUCAUAAGAAAGGACCGCUUUCUGUGUAUAAUCUUCUUUUAUAAAGAGUAGUUUUCGAAGCUGCCGGAAGGAGGUUCAUUCAAACUUUAAUACACUAUCGUGACUAAAAGCAAGCCAUACUUGGUGAUUUUCCGUCAAGCCCUAACAACCCGACUUCGGAUAAAAUGAAUGGUAUGGAAGGAGAUAAUCGCAGUGGAGUGCUUGAAGACACAGAAGACCGAGUAACAGACAGACGUUCUUGUAAGGGAUGGAAAAAAACAUAUUACAAUGGUAGAAUGGUAUUACCGACAAAGACAAGGGAGACUGGAAUGGCCAUUUCUGGCUUAUUAGCCGUCGUCAGCCAGCCAUACCCAAGCCCGAAGUGUGGAACACCCUAUAUAUCAUGCACCACUGUGCGGCUGCUGGUUGGGCUCGAGAGAGAGCCCUUAAGGCACAACGGAACGAGUGAGUUCCGUAUGAACGAUCGGUGAGCGCCCCCUAACAUAUUACAAUGGUUGCCGGAAGUUGGCGAUGGCAAUGCUAAAAUUGCAGUUGUGGUUCACUGCGCUAGGCAGCUGCCGAAUCAAUGAGAUCCUUAGUGGCCGAGCAUGGAGUAGUAGGCAUCGUUGUUGUGUGGGCACAGGUCAAUCAACCGUGGGCGUAGACCUUCGUAUUGAGCGCCAAAGCCGAGAGGGCAGCAGAUGCUGUUUGUCCUGGAGUACUAAGCUUUAAGAAAUCCUCGGCCUUUUGGGUGUUAGCAUUAGUGAUCACUUUAGUCCCAUUUCAAUACAAGCAAUAAUUGGACUCAAGGGCGUGCUGAAACGCAAAAGGCAAGGGCACCUGUUGGCGAGACGCCAGCUCAUGUUCUUUAGUUUUGGCACCAUGUCACCGGUCCGUAAAGCCAACAGCAGGUAAGAAUUCGGCCUUGUAUAAUAUCAUUGAUUCAGCACCGCCCCAACAUAGUGACCUACAAUUUAAACCCUAAACACCCACUAAACAUCCUGCAUCUUUCAAAAUAUGCUUCAUGCAUCCCUUAAUGUUGAUUUAACCUCUGUGUUUUCAAGCACUCCAAUACGUUUAUCUCAUUCCCACAAUUCAUUUCGCCCGGCAUAGGGUUUUUUGAAGUCAGUGUAAUAAUUCAUAGGUUCAACAUGAUUUUCCGACAGGGCUUCUCCUUUCAUAAUAUCAUCUGAGAAUGCACAAUGCGUCAUCUACUCAAUUCAUAAAUAUAUAUAUAUAUAUAGUAGGUGUAAUAUUUUAGAUGAACGGUACAUCUCUCGCCCCUCCGAAACCGAUCCAAAUGUACAGAUCAGAGCGUGUUACUUAAAAUAAAUGACGCUGAGUAAAAUUAAAGUAUGAAAAAACAUGAAUCGUAAUGUAGCGUUUUUAAGAAAUAGCCCUUUAUAAAAAAUGGAAAUGUCGAAAACGCCAAAAACUGCGGGAAUUUAAUAAGCUUAAAUUCAAAAAGCUCAGAAGAUUCUGGUGCGCAAAUUGGAGGAUAAGUAAAAUAUCGAAAGUAGAAUAAAGUUUUAAAAUCGUUCUUCAUCAAUGCUGCUGCCUAAAUAUACUUCAGGAAUUGGGGUGGUGUGACGUAUGUUGGUUAGCCAGGGAUCGUCAAAACAGAUUUCAUAAGAACUGUCUGCAUUUUUCUGCCUUUCUCACUGAUUAGAAUGCAAGUGCUUUGGACAAAGAGAAUUCUUUUGAUUUAAUUGGCAGAAACGCAAACGCAGCAAAGGUUUUAAUAAGGUCUCAUAAUAAUAGGCUGGUCAAGGAUUGCCCCGAACAUAUCGCCGAAAGCAAUGAACUUCCACGACGAAAAUGGGUGACAAAGAUUCUCUUGGUUACUAAAAAAGUCUUUUGAAUAAGUCGCUUCUUUUAAAGCGGCCUUUAUAACAUACUUAGCUGAGCGACGUCCAGGCAGUUUUCCCCAUGUUAGAGGCGAAGUCCAGAAAAACUAAGAAAUAUUUUUCGGCUUUUCCUUUUUGCUGUCAUAAACUGAUAAUGUCUACUCUGCAAAAGAAACGAGCUCACUUUGCCUUUUACACUGGAGUCAUUUUCACUAUCUUUACUUACCUUAAGGCUUUGAUCCACGAUUCCAAAUGCACAACUGUGUGGCACAUAAGUACCAACUAUGGCGAAAACUUCUAAUGCCUUUACAUUUUGUAUCAUUAAUAGCGUACAAGCAGACACUUGGCCAUAUAACAAUCAUAUGAACAUAUAUUGCAAAACUAACUUGGCUGUUUUGUGUCUAACCAGUUUACGGUUAGGUAAGCGUAAUUACUGAGCUUUGAGGUAGGGAAACAAUAGAUUUACAAAUCUUCCCUUUUUGCAAGAAAAUUGCGUUUUUUCAUACACAGUUUUAACUGAGUUUACUAAACUAAAGGACAAUUUUCAAGAGUGACGACUUUUUGGGUAAGAAUAGCAGAUAUUCAUUACUCUCCUAUAGGAUAGAAGCGGGUAGGAAUGCACAAACGUAAUCUACGACGGUCAUUAACGUAAGGAACUUCAAGAAUAUAUAGAUUCGUUGAUUGGCACUCAGCUCAGGGGACAUUUUACCUGAAAAAGCCACCCGGAACAUACUCUGUGUAUGAAGGGCAUUUGUCGGAACAGGUGAGACAAAUAUGCCAUUUGUGCAAAGUUAUAAAUCCAUCAACGCGACCAUUUAGAUGGCCGUCAUAACGUUUCUAGAAAAGGACAAAUUCUGUACAUACAGGAUGGAGCGAUGCAGGGCACAAGAGGGAUCGGGAUGUUAUCUUUCGUCUGUCAGUAAUAACCAAAUAUAGUUUGUAAGAUCGUAACCUUGUAUCCAGAUUUUUAGAUUAUUGGACAAUAUGUAGGCGACUCUGCUACCCAACCAGAGCCGCAGUCUUGUCAGUUGCGAUGGAAAGCAAUAACAAUCGUAGAAAGUGCGCCCGCCCUUUAGGUUGUUGGACAUAUUUCUUCCGUUAAACCUCAGGGUUCAAUGAUAAAUUGUGAGAUUUAAUACUUGACAGAUUCUUUUUUUGCGGACUUUGCUCUCUGCGUAGUCGUCUGGCGAUAUCUACUAAGCCGAAACUGGCUAUACAUGCAACCUGAACGGUUAAUGCACUUAUACGGAUGUAUAUGUAUAUAAACACAUACGCAGAUUGCGUGUUUUCUCAAAUCAUAUUCGGCCCCUAAUUCGGCCCCCUAAUCCCUUAUAGAGGAACCGAGCCUGGACACUCAAGUGACCUCCGCGACGCCCUUCGUCAGUCGCCUGCCGGAACUGACGGACUACGAAGCCGAACACUUUCCAGAACCCGUCAAGCCCCUGCUGCCGCUCAAGGAGACGGAAAGCGCGAAACAUCAUCAACAGCAGCGUGAUUUCCUCCUGACCACUCUACUUCCAAUAUGCGCGCUUAUCAUACUCGUCCUGAUGGUAACCUUGGUGGUCAUUUGGUUCCUGAAGUUCCGCGGAGGCAGUAAGAAGAAGGAGAAGAAGGAGGCCGUGGCGAACGAGGCGCAAGAACCCCUCGCGAUGACUGAGGACAAGUGGUCUGGUAAAAAGAAUGGCAUCUCGAGCAAACUUGACACGAAUCACGACAAAACGCGUAUGUUUCAAACCCCGUAG